AAGCUCAGCCGCCCACCCCCCGGCAGCGCCGCAGUCUGCCCAGCGCCGGCAGCCCCGGGAGAUGGUGACACAUGAAGCGUGCGGGAAGGACCAUGGUUGAGAGGACCAGCAAGUUCUUGCUGAUCGUGGCCGUCUCGGUGUGCUUCAUGCUUAUCCUGUACCAGUACGUGGGGCCGGGGCUGAGCCUGGGUUCCCCCAGCGGCCGCUCCUACUCGGAGGAGCUGGACCUCUUUCCCACGCCGGACCCGCACUACGUGAAGAAGUAUUACUUCCCCGUGCGGGAGCUGGAACGGGAGCUCGCGUUCGACAUGAAGGGCGAGGACGUGAUCGUCUUUCUGCACAUCCAGAAGACCGGCGGCACAACCUUCGGCCGCCACCUGGUGCAGAACGUGCGGCUGGAGGUGCCGUGCGACUGCCGGCCCGGGCAGAAGAAGUGCACCUGCUACCGGCCCAACCGCAGGGAGACCUGGCUCUUCUCUCGCUUCUCCACGGGCUGGAGCUGCGGGCUGCAUGCCGACUGGACCGAGCUCACCAACUGCGUGCCCGGGGUACUGGACCGCCGGGAGAGCGCCGCAGCCAAGACGCCCAGAAAAUUUUACUACAUCACUCUGCUGAGAGACCCCGUUUCUCGUUACCUCAGCGAAUGGCGUCACGUCCAACGAGGAGCUACUUGGAAGACCUCCUUGCACAUGUGUGAUGGCAGGACACCCACUCCUGAAGAGCUGCCCUCAUGCUACGAGGGCACGGACUGGUCAGGCUGCACACUGCAGGAGUUCAUGGACUGCCCCUACAACUUGGCCAACAACCGCCAGGUGAGGAUGUUGGCUGACUUGAGCCUGGUGGGCUGCUACAACAUGUCCUUCAUCCCAGAGAACAAGCGAGCACAGAUCCUGCUGGAGAGCGCCAAAAAAAACCUCAAAGACAUGGCCUUCUUCGGCCUGACAGAGUUCCAGAGAAAGACUCAGUACCUGUUUGAGAGGACUUUCAACCUGAAGUUCAUCCGGCCCUUCAUGCAGUACAACAGCACGCGGGCGGGCGGCGUGGAGGUGGACAACGACACCAUCCGCAGGAUCGAGGAGCUCAACGACCUGGACAUGCAGCUCUAUGACUAUGCAAAGGACCUCUUCCAGCAGCGCUACCAGUACAAGAGGCAGCUGGAGAGGAUGGAGCAGAGGAUCAGGAACCGGGAGGAGAGGCUCCUGCACCGCUCCAACGAAGCGCUUCCCAAGGAAGAGACCGAGGAGCAAGGACGUUUGCCCACUGAGGACUACAUGAGCCAUAUUAUAGAGAAGUGGUAGCCUAGGCAGACUUUUAUAUUAAUGAUAUUGUAGGGUUUCCAUAUGAGAGAUGGUGGAAGUAAAAAUAACAAAAAAACAAAAACAAAAAAAUAUUUUAUUUAAAAACAAGUCUGUAAAACAGAAGGUAGAUUGCUCCUUGAGUAUAGGGUCUUUUUACUGUUUCUUACAAGACCGAUGAGAUUCUUAAAAAAAUCAAUAAAUGCAUAAAAAUAAAAAAAGGGUCAACAUUCUAAUGCAGAGAUAAAAAAUGCACAAAUGCUGUUACCCAAGCAUAAGGCCAAAUACAGAAGAAUGUUUCUUAUCCUCAUGAUUUUAACACAAAUGGCAGAAGUUGGAUUUUUUAAAAAUCUUUUUAUCCCCUGAGCCUAAUGAUCUAAAGAUACACAAUUAAAAAACAAGGAAACAGGUUUUCUUUUGUGGGGGAGGUGGGAUGGGAAUUGCACUGUUUGUCAGUAACUGAUAAUGGUGACUGAGUUGUGGAUGGGCCAUCCUGUCAGGCUGGGAUCUGAGCACACAGGCAGUCACAGCAUUUCAGCUGGCAGCCACUGCCAGAAAGUAGAGCACCAUAAAAAAAAAAAAAAAAAAAAAAAAAAAAAAAAAAAAAAAAAAAAAAAAAAAAAGAAAACCAGUCAGAGGAUGAGAAACAUUAAAUUGACUAUGGCCUGGGAAAUGUACUUAGCACAGUGGUUCUGAUUCAUUGUACUGGUAUCACAUAUAUAUAUGCAGCUUCAUCACAAAAAUAAUGGGGAAUUUGUACACAAAACUCCCAGAUUUGUUUCCCAGACAGGUCCCAAAACAAGUUAAGAGCCAACCAUAGACUCAAACCUGCAUUCACAUGUUGUCCUGUCAGCACUACCACUCAAGCCACUAUCAGUAUUGUGUGUUAACAGCACACAAAAACCCUAUCCUACAUACUACCAAAAAAAAAAAGGAAGAAAAA